GAGAGGCCCCUCGCUGACAUGGACCGAGAGCUCUCCCAGAGAGAAGAUACACAAGAGACAUCCCAAAGAGAAGGACCAGGAGUCCAAGAAAUGUCCCGGCAGGGAGCCAGGAGCAGCCAAGAGCUGUACCAAGGCCAGAGUCCCACGGAGGCCGAGCCGGCAGCUGCUGCCCCGGCAGGAGCUGCUGAGGAGGAGGAGGAGCCCCCCGAGGCUCCUGGUGCAGAAAAGGCAGCAGAGCCUCCUGCCCCCAGGGAGGAGCUGCCAUCAGCAGGGACACAGAGCCCAGUCCCUGCCCCUGCCAGGCCCCCAGGCUGCCGCCAGGCUCUGCUGGACUUAGCGUGGAGCGCCAGCUGUGAGAUCGUGAGCCAGGCACUGCUGGACAUCCAGGGAUGCGGCCAGCAGCCGGAGGAACAGAGGCACCUGGGAGAAAGCGGGGAUGCAGCAGUGGCAGCAAGAGGCAGGGCAGAGAGGGAAGAGAGCCCGGUGCCUGCCCCGCACAGCCCCCCCAGCCCCUCGUCUGCCCAGCUGGGAGCCCCGGCCACCUGGGAGGAGCCAGAGUGGGCAGUGGCAGAGCUGGCAGAGUCAGUGCUGGCACAGCAAGGCAGCCAGGAGUCCAUGGCUUGGGACAGCGACUGGGAAUUCUACAGCGAGGAAGAAGAAGGUGAAGUCGAGCCAGAGCUGUCCCAAGGGGCAGACUCUGUUGUCCAAGAGCUGUCCCAGGGGGAGGACGAUGGGAGCUCCAGUUCUGGGGAGAAGCCUGUGGGCCCAGUGAAGGAGGAGGACACCCAGCCUUGUCCCCCAGAGGGGCCCAGCUCUGCCAGCCCCGUGGGCACAGAGGUGGCAGCAGAGGCAGCCCCUGCCCUGCCCAGCGCCUCUCCUGCCCCAGGCAGGGAAAAUGACAGUGACACGGGGCUCGUGCAGGAGAACCGGCCCGAGCACAGCAGCUUGACCAAGCCCUUGUACCCCAAGGACGAUGAGUGGGACAACGUGAGCAUCCUGGAGCUGCCUCCAGAACAGGAGGAAGUUUUUGCGGCAGGCGGGCUCGCAGUGGCCGUCCCUCGGGAGGCCUGGGUGGAGUGCCCAGCACAGGAGCCGUGCAGCCAAGGGCCGGCGCCUGCCCCGCACAGCCCCCCCAGCCCCUGGCCUGCCCGGCUGCGAGCCCAGGCCCUCCGCGGGCAGCCGGCUGCCCCCAGGAAACGUCCCUCCCGCUUCAGGCGGGCGCUGCGGGCGCUGCGGGGGCUGUUCCGCUGUCCCUGCCUGAGGCCACGGCCGGAGGAGUAAAACAGACACGGAAAAAGAUGAAGAAGACGAAGAAAAUGAAGGAGACGACGAAGACAAUGAAGGAGACGACGAAGACAACGAAGACAAAGAAGACGAAGACAACAAAGACGGCAAUGACAAAGGCUAAGAAG